AUUAAUCAAUAUUACAUCACCUUGUUUGCGAAUUUAUUUACAAAAAUUUAAAAGAAAAAGAAAAAGAAAUAGAGGAAGCAAACAUAUCUUUCAAGUUUGGGUUGCUCUAACUGCAGGCCUUGUACCUCAACGACAUUCGAGUGCCUUCAAUUUUAACAUAUUUUUGUAUGUUUAUAGCUCCAUUUGCUUGUAGCCCACUAUUAUUCUUGAUGGGAUUGUAAAGCAGGAACAGUAAUAUUCUCUAUCCACGACAACAAGAACAAAGAACAUAUAUACAAGAAGAAGAAGAAGGAAGGUGGUUUAUCAAGAUUGAUCAUGCCAGAAGACGAAACCGAUUUCUCCCAUGCUGUAUUCUUCGUCUUCUUAAUCUUGAUUACAGGUACAGUGGUUGCCGGAGAUUCUCUAGACACAGACAGGAAAGUCCUGCUGAACCUCAAGUCAUUUCUGGAAGAGAAGAACCCAAUAAACCGAGGACAAUACUCACAAUGGGAUCAGCUCAACACAAACCCCUGCAACUGGUCUGGAAUCAUUUGCACGGAUGAUGGCUCUGGCUCAAGGGUUACUGGCAUCAACCUUACAAACAACAACAUUUCUGGAGACUCGUAUAACAACUUCUCUUUGCUGACUGCUCUUUCUCACCUCGAUCUUUCUCAAAACUAUAUCAGGGGUUCAAUUCCUAAUGACUUGAGCAACUGCCAAAACUUGGUUUAUCUCAAUCUCUCACACAAUAUGCUGGAUGGGGAGCUCAACCUGACUGGAUUGAGUAAUUUGCAAACUCUGGACUUGUCUGUGAAUAGGAUUUUCGGGGAAAUUCAGACCAGCUUUCGAGCAAUUUGUAACAAGUUGGUUGUGGCAAAUAUUUCGGCAAAUAAUUUCACCGGUAGGAUUGAUAAUUGCUUUGAUGGCUGCUCGAGUUUGCAGCACCUUGAUUUGAGCUCGAAUUUUUUCAGUGGGGGGACAUGGAGUGGUUUUUCGAGGCUCAAGGAAUUUUCAGUAUCUGAGAAUUUUCUUAGUGGAGAAGUUAUGGGGUCAAGUAUUGCCGAGAAUUGUAGUCUGGAAAUUUUCGACCUGUCAGAAAACAAUUUCACUGGUCAGUUUCCAAAGGAGAUCUCGAAUUGUAGGAAUUUGAAAAUUUUGAAUGCGUGGGGAAACAAAUUCACUGGACAAAUUCCAUCUGAGAUAGGAUCGAUUUCUGGUCUUGAAGCUUUGUUCUUGGGAAACAACAGUUUUUCUCCGGUGAUUCCAGUGUCUCUUUUGAACUUGAGUAGUUUGGCUUUUUUGGAUUUGAGCAGAAACAAUUUUGGAGGUAAUAUACAGCAGAUUUUUGGGAGAUUCAAACAGGUGAAGUUUCUGGUAUUACACGGAAAUUCAUAUACUGGUGGCUUACAUUCUUCGGGUAUUCUCAGGCUACCCAAUGUUGUUCGAUUAGACUUGAGCUACAACAAUUUCUCAGGUCCAUUACCUGUUGAAAUCUCUCAAAUGCCAAGCUUGAAAUACUUGAUCCUUGCUUAUAAUCAGUUCAAUAGCAGCAUACCUCAAGAUUAUGGAAAAUUGGCAAAACUCCAAGCUCUUGAUCUAUCCUUCAACAGCCUGAUUGGAUCUAUACCAACUUCACUUGGAAACUUGAGUUCACUCUUGUGGUUAAUGCUUGCCAACAAUUCUCUAACAGGUGAAAUUCCUCGAGAACUGGGAAACUGCGGCAGCUUGUUGUGGUUAAACCUUGCCAACAACAAGCUUUCUGGGAAUAUCCCAGCUGAACUGGUGAACAUGGGCAGCAAUCCCGCACCAACGUUCCAGUCAAAUCAGCAGAAUGAAGGCAUAAUCGCUGGGUCUGGAGAGUGUUUAGCAAUGAAGAGAUGGAUUCCAGCAGACUAUCCUCCAUUCAGUUUUGUAUAUACCAUCCUCACACGUAAGAGUUGCAGAAGCAUAUGGGAUAGGAUACUUAGAGGGUUUGGCCUUUUCCCUGUGUGUGCUGCAGGCUCUACAGUGAGAACGCUUUCAAUCUCAGGUUAUCUUCAACUAAGCGGAAACCAGCUUUCUGGUGUGGUCCCUCAAAACAUUGGCAAGAUGAAGAGCUUCAGUUUAUUGCAUUUGGGUUCCAAUGAGAUUAAUGGGACAAUCCCUCCACAGAUUGGACAGUUGCCACUUGUAGUGCUAAACCUCAGCAAGAAUGGAUUUUCUGGUGAAAUUCCAAAUCAAAUUGGGAAUAUCAGAUGCUUACAGAAUCUUGAUUUGUCUUACAACAAUAUCUCUGGCACCUUUCCUGUAAUCUUGAACGACUUGAAUGAGCUUAGCAAGUUCAAUAUCUCAUACAAUCCAUUGAUUUCUGGUGUUAUCCCAUCAACUGGACAAUUGGCUACUUUUGAAAAAGAUUCUUACUUUGGUGAUCCACUCUUGGUCCUUCCAAAAUUUAUCAACGAUUCAUCGGAUUUCCCACCCAAAGAUAGGAAGACUGACCUCAAUAGGAGAGACCAUAUAAGGUGGGCUGGACUUUUGGCGUCCUUAACACUGAUUCUAGCUUUCUUAGUCUGCGGAGUUCUGCCAAUUGUAGUGUGGAUUUUAGGGAAAAGUCCACCAGAAUCACCCGCAUAUCUCUUGCAAGAAACCAAAUACCGGCAUGACUUGGCAUCAAGUUCAGGCGGCUCAUCUCCAUGGUUGUCAGAUACGAUUAAGGUCAUCCGUUUGGACAAAACAACAUUCACUCAUGCUGACAUUUUGAAGGCAACAGGUAAUUUUUCAGAGAGCAGAAUCAUUGGGAAGGGAGGAUUUGGAACGGUGUAUCGAGGUUUAUUGCCUGAUGGAAUACAAGUAGCAGUUAAGAAGCUGCAAAGGGAAGGUACUGAAGCUGAAAGAGAGUUUCGAGCUGAAAUGGAAGUCCUAAGUGGGAAUGGCUUUGGCUGGCCACAUCCAAAUCUUGUAACACUUUAUGGGUGGUGCCUUGAUGGUUCAGAGAAAAUAUUGGUUUAUGAGUACAUGGAAGGUGGAAGCUUGGAGGAUCUUGUAUCGGAUAGAAUGAGGCUAACAUGGAGGAGACGUAUUGAUAUAGCGAUAGAUGUAGCGCAAGCAUUAGUAUUUCUGCACCAUGAGUGCUAUCCUGCAAUUGUGCACCGUGAUGUCAAGGCUAGUAAUGUUCUGCUAGACAAAGAUGGUAAGGCAAGAGUCACAGAUUUUGGACUAGCAAGAUUUGUUGAUGCUGGAGAUAGCCAUGUGAGCACAAUAGUGGCUGGCACGAUUGGGUAUGUUGCACCAGAAUAUGGGCAAACUUGGCAAGCUACUACAAAAGGUGACGUAUACAGCUUUGGGGUAUUGACAAUGGAACUGGCAACAGGAAGGCGAGCUGUGGACGGUGGGGAAGAAUGUCUGGUAGAAUGGGCUAGACGGGUACUGGGAAAUGUGCAAAAUGAAGUAGGCAGAGCAGUGAUACCAGUUAUGCUUUUGGGGUCUGGAUUAGCAGAGGGAGCAGUGGAGAUGUGUGAGUUACUGAGGAUUGGAAUAAGAUGCACUGCAGAGGCACCCCAGGCUAGACCAAACAUGAAGGAGGUAGUAGCUAUGCUGAUAAAGAUUUCAGGCACCAGGAGGGAUUUCAUUUAUGGCUCUUCUCCUCCUCCCUUAUUCUAAUUUAAUGUUCAGAUGGAAAGAAAAGUGUCCAUAGGUUGUUAAAUUAUUUCCACACAGAUAUAUAUAGUAGACAGAUUUUCGUUUAUCUGAUCAUUCUUCUUGUAAACAAGCAUUUUUCAUUCACAGAAUUGAAAAGAGAUAUAUAUAUAUAUAUAUAUUUUUUAAUGUUUUUGCAAUGAUUCUAUGCAAUCUGUAGGGAAGAAUUACUCGCUGAGAUUCUAUUUAUUUUUGAUGUUAUUAAAAGAGUGCUUUGAACUUCUUUCUUGAUGUGGGUAAGCACAAUCUGCUUCUAAUUUUUGACAUUUUUUAGGCAUUUACUUUCUCAAUGUGGAGGGUGUUUUUCUGUCUUAUCUGUCAUUUUCUCUCCUGGCAGUAUUUUGCUUCCUUACUGAUAGUCUUGAAAGUGCAUGUCAAAAUUCUUGUUGGAUUGAGAGUGUGUCUUACUUUAGGGUUUCAGUGACAGAUUGUGUACUUGUUUCACCUUGUUUACCAAUCUUUAAGUACCAUUUUCUUGGUUUCAGUCUAAAUUAAUUGCUCUUAAAUUUGAGCUUGUUAUUGUGCUUUGUAUCUGUUAUUGCCUUAACCAUCACAAAACUGGUUUACUGCAAUAGUCUACUCCACUGACUUGAAAGCUUUCUCACUAACAUUUUAGUCGACAACAUUGGCAAAUUUUAUACUGCUAGAUAAUUGUGCUUGUUUUUCUAUAUUCCAGUUUUGAAAUAUGCUUUUUGGAAGUAUGCUGUGGUGUUUAGGCUUUCUUGGACAACAGUGUGGCAUUGAGGACUGACAAGUUUAAAUCAGGAUAGUCCAAAGAGCAUAUAAUUGAUAGAGAAAUGACAAGUUUAAAUCAGGAUAGUCCAAAGAGGAUAUAAUUGAUAGAGAAAUGGCUGAUUUGAGGGGAGUAAAUAUUAUGUCAGUGGAGGCUGCUGUUCAAAAAGAGCUGGCUCAUAGGAGGAAGGUGGCCAUGUUGCAAUAACCAUCCAAUUCCAACUUCUGCAGAGAUCAUAGACCAAUGGAGGUGCAAUCUUCAAGUCAUAGCACAUGGUCAAAUUCAGGUUCAACUCCUAGGUUUCCGGAAUAAAACAGCAAGCACUAACAAACAGCCUUGAGUUCUUGACAACUCCAAGUUCAGAUCCUAGUCCAAAUACUAUGCCAAGGUCAAAUUCAGGAUCAACUCAUAGGCAUUCCGGAAUAAAACGAAAUGCAGUAACAAGCAGCAUUGAAUUCCUGACAGCUCCACAGCCACAAGAACUACAGAAUCGGAUGGAUCUUUUUUUACAAGUUUUGCCAAGUACCCUGUUCUUGUUAUUUUUGUUGCAAGCAGCACAAAAAAGGUUAAAUUUGAAGAAAUUUGGUGUAUUUUGAUCAGAGCAGCCAUUUGUAAGAAAAUAGAGUUGAAUUGCAAAAAUUUUGAAGUUGAGUUAAAAAGGCCGAAAGUGACACAACCUGCGAUACAGCUUGUGUCACAGAUUGUGUCGAUUGUCAGAUAUGCAGUUUUUCUCGGGCAGCAGGUUUCACAACCCGCGACACAACCCGCAACACAACCGAUUCAGCUUGUGUCGUUUUACUGAAACUUGCUGACGUGGCAUUUUCGUUCCCCUGAUUUAAUACAUCACUUUCUCUAUAAUCUUCUACCUUUUUACCCAUUCUAGGGCAGACCUCUGAACCAUAUAAAAGCUCCUUUAUCUCUUUCUUUCCAUAGGGAGAAAAAGGAAAAAGAGAGAGAGAUUUUUGAUAAGAAAGAAGGAGAGGAAGAGGAGCAAGGGAAUCAUUUUUUGCAGCAGCAGCAGAGGCCAUUUUCUGCAAUUCUCCAGCAGCUAAUCCUUCAUCAUUUUAUUGGGUUUUUCUAUUCCUUAGCUUAGAUUUUCAUUAUUUCUUCAUUUCUACACUUGGAUUUGUCUUGAAACCAUGAUUUGUGAGUAGAUAUUUGAGAUUCUAGAGAUGGGUUUGUAAAUAUUAUUUUGUAUUGUGGUUUUGAACUGAUUUAGUCAUUUAAAUGAGAUUUGUUGCAUUUUGAUUUA